AUGGCGGGGACACUCAAGAAGAAAAAACAGAUUCUGUUGAAUGCAUUCGACAUGUCCACUGUAGGACAUCUGUCCCCUGGACAAUGGAAGAACCCCGCCGACAAAUCCGCCACAAAACGCUCCCUCACCUACUGGAUCGAACUAGCCAAGUUACUCGAGCGUGGCGGCAUCAACGCCCUCUUCCUCGCAGAUACCUACGGUGGAUAUGAUACCUACGAAGGCAGUUUGGAUGAGUGUAUUCGGCGCGCGGCGCAGUGGCCGGUCACAGAUCCUACAAUUCCUAUUUCGGCCAUGGCGGCUGUGACGAAGAAUCUCGCGUUCGGAAUCACGGCGUCGACGUCGUUCGAGCCGCCUUUUUUACUGGCGAAGCGGUUUUCGACGCUGGAUCAUUUGACGAACGGGCGUAUUGGGUGGAAUAUCGUCACGUCGUGGAAGAAGGCGGCGUUUAAGGCGAUUGGAUUGGAUACGCCGAUUGAGCAUGAUGAGCGGUAUCGGCAGGCAGAUGAGUAUCUGAGGGUUGCUUAUAAACUCUGGGAAGGAUCCUGGGCCCCCGAUGCUCUAUCCCCAAACCCCGAAACAGAUACCUACGUUGACCCGGCCAAGGUCCGCCAGAUCAACCACCAGGGGAAGUAUUUCUCCCUGAACACGCGGCACAUCGUCGAUCCGUCACCACAACGCACACCCUUCCUGUUCCAGGCCGGGACGUCGGCAGCGGGGUCAGCGUUCGCGGCGACGCAUGCCGAGGCGAUCUUCGUGUCAAGUCAUUCGCCGGCGGUGCUACGGCCGAAGAUCGAUCACAUCCGGAAGCUGGCGGCGGAGCAAGGGAGGGAUCCGCGGUCGAUUAAGUUCUUCGCGACGUUUACGCCGAUCAUCGGGCGCACGGAUGACGAGGCGCAGGCAAAGUAUGAGGAGUUACAGAAGUACGCGUCCGUGGUGGGCGGGUUGGUGCUGUUCAGCGGGUGGACGGGCAUCGAUAUUUCCCGGAUUCCGCUGGAUCAAGAUAUCACGGCGGCGGAUUCAUUGGAGGCGCAUAAGGUGACGAGUAUGUUGGAUGCCUUUACCACGACCAGCGAGGAUGUGCCCCAGUGGACGCCGCGAGUGGUGGCUCAGAAGGCGGCGAUUGGGGGCUUGGGACCGGUGGGCAUUGGGAGUCCGCAGCGCGUGGCGGACGAGAUGGAGCGGUGGAUUCGGGAGGCAGAUCUGGAUGGGUUUAAUCUGGGGUAUGUAACCACACCGGGAACAUUUGAAGAGGUGGUGGACUUGUUGAUUCCUGAGCUGCGGCGGCGGGGUUUGUAUCCUGCUGCACCGGAGGCGGAGGGGCUGACAGCGCGAGAGAAGGUGUAUGGCAAAGGCCAGCGAGAGUUGCGCGCGGAUCAUCCAGGCAGUCAGUACAAGUACGAUGUUUAUCAAGAAGACGCAGCUGUUGCUGAAACAGAAGUGUCAUGAUGCGCAGAUAUGGCGAUAGAGUU